CCGCGGCGGCACAGUUCGGCUCUGCCCUGAAAGGAGCUCGGGUCGGAGCUCGUCUCGCCAUUGCUGUGUUUCCCCAGUCAGUCGGGGGCGACUGGAGUGUUGUUGAUGGUGUUGAAGAGUGUUGUGGCGAAUAAUGUGGAGCUUCUAGGAUGUGGACCUGAUCACUGGGAUAAUGUGUGCUCUGCCUCUGCUGUGAUAUAGUCAGUGCGCGCACCAUGGCACUCUCUUCAUAAUGACGUUACAUGAAAGUGCAGUUGGGUUCGAGUGCGUUUCUCCCUGGAUCGUGCCCGUGCCUCCGCUGCUGUCAUCGCGUUGAACAGCUGCCUCGGUGCUUUUGUGUUUAGUGGUUUACACCCAUUUGGAUUACUCGUCUCGUCGGCCAGGAUACCUACAGUGCCAAGGAUGAGUCCGAGGAGCAUUCCAACGGAUAAGGUCAACUUGAAGUUAAUAUUGGUCAGUGGCAAGACAAAAGAAUUCCUAUUUAGUCCAAGUGAAUCAGCUGGGGACAUUGCUCAACAUGUCUUUGACAACUGGCCAGAAGACUGGGCAGAAGAAGCGGUAGCAAAAGCAGAAAUAUUGCGGCUCAUCUAUCAAGGUCGCUUCCUUCACAGCAAUGUAACUCUUGGGGCUCUGGGACUGCCAUUUGGCAAAACAACAGUAAUGCAUCUUGUUCCAAGAGAGAACCUUCCAGAGCCAAAUUCACAAGAUCAACGGCAAAAGAGUAAAGGGGGUGGAAGCAGCUGUUGCUCUGCUGCAUGCUGCAUACUGUAAUGAGUGCUUGGACUCCUCAGCUUGCUUUGAGUUGUCCUCACCAUGACUGAAGAAGGCUUAGUGCUGCUUUGCCUUCAACAUUGCAGAUUUCCAAAUGCCUUGAGGGAUUUUAAGCGGCAUUUAGGAGCACUCUAAUCUAAUUUUAAUAAAUACAAAAGUUUUUAAAGCACUAGAAAAUAUGUGUGAAGAUACAGGGUUGAAAGGUGAUUCCCCUUAGACCACCUGACCUGUGGUUUGUGUUAUAUUAUCUGUACCAUUGCUGCGACUGUGAUGAAGUGGAGGUGGAAACAACUAUGAACUUAUUUACGCUCUCCGUUAAAUGACAUACUGUUGUUGUUUUUUGUUUUUGUUUAUUUUUCUCCCAGUUACCCCUUAUGUGACUUGUGCUUGACUGAGUGAGUUCACAUGUUGUGUAUUAUGGGAUAUGCUAGAGUGUGAAUAGUAUACAUAAUAUAAAUGUAUAUAAAGAUAUAAAUAUAAAUGUAUGUAUGUAUAUGUGUGGAAGUGUGGGCACAUGGAUCUUUAUAAGAUGAGUGCAAGAUUGUAUAAAGUGUAUGAAUGUAUGAAUUUGUCAAAUCUCUCAGUAUGUUUGCGAUUGUAAAUUGUGUAUUGGUUUUGUCAAGUUUUGUGUGAGAAAUUAUAUUACAGCAGCAUUUGUCUUCUUUUUAUAACUUUUAAUAAAUUGCAGUACAAAGAAACAGGACCCUAAGCUAGUUGCUGUUGUAGUAUGGAGUCAUUCUGCCUGUGUUAUUAUUCAAAUGCUUGUCAAAAUCUUCUUCUAAUGAGCAAAAUUUUUCCUCAAAAUUGUAAUUGAUUAUCAAAGUUCAGGAAAUUUAUGCAUUCUUUACACAAAUGUGUAGGAAAUUUAUCUUAAUUCAAACUGCAAUUGGAGGAUGGUGCAUUUUAAGUGUAUGAGAUACCUAAUGUGAAUGAAUUACCGACCUAGUAUGAAUAGAAAGGGGGAACAAAUGUGUUGAGGUUUUUCCUUUUUUUACACUUGUUUAUUUUGAAGAUGAGAAAGAAUUUUCCACUACUGCCUUUAUAAUUUGUUACUUUAUUUCCUCAGUUUCCGGCUGUUGCUCAUUUUUAGAAAUUUGUUAUCCUAUCUUAAAUAUGGAUUGCCAUUCUUAAGUUGAUAAGCAAAGAUUUUAGUGUGUGAUUCCUACAUGCAUGUACUUCUUUAAACUAUCUUUACCUUUUCUUUUAGAUUCAAGCACGUUGGCUGGAAAAAAGUUCUUUUAUAACCUGCAAAGUGUGAUUCUACAUUUUAUUCUUUCUCCUUCAAAUACAAAUUUUUUUAUGAAAUGUGAAUGCUAGAUGGUGACAGAAGUAAGGUACAUACUUUAGCUUUCUUAAGCAUCGCAUGUUGACACUUCUAUAAGUUAGCACAAAAAUUUAAUUUGUCUUACAACUUUUUCUUUUACCUCAUCUAUGAUGUGGUGUAGCCUCUCAUUUAAGAUGUUACCUUUUGCCUCUGCCUUAAAAUUGAUGUUCAUACUGUACUUUCAUUACUGCAUCCUGUGUACUUGGCUAUCCUGUAAUAAAUUAUUUUCAACUGUUAUUUGUGGGACUCCUGGCUCAAUACCUUUCUAUGGUGUAUUGAGGUUGAUAAAACAAAUCCUCCCUUUCCACAUUAGAACUGUUCUUGAAUUAUUGACAGCUGUAUGCUUUCUUUUAGUGAUUCAUAAUGCUAUGGUCUCGCAUUUUAGCCAAUGUUAUCCAUAUUGUAUCUUGACACUGCUUUUUGUAUGUAGUAAGUAUGAUGUGUGACAUUAUUACCACUCCAUCUUACCUCCUGACAUCCUUUGGAAGUUUUGUGAAUUAAAAAUGAGACCUAUAUUUUUCUGACAAUGACAUGAUUUUCCUAAAUUCUUUGCUUUUUUUAAACUUGAAAUUCAGAAAUGUUGUUUUUAGUUCUGCAUUUUCUUCAGGUGGAGCCAAGUUCCUGUUUGAAUAAAAUGGAUUGCAAUGGAUUUCUGUGAUAGCCCAAUAUCUCCUUCAAUCUGUUCUUAUAUCCCAUUGCUCAUUUCAAUGCGACAGCUGCUUACGUUUUAAGAUGGCGUUCAUUAUGUGGACCUGAAAAAGAGCAGACAAGUUUGGUAUUAAUGCUUCAUAUGAUAUGUGCUGGCUUCAGUACAAAUUUUCUGGCCCAGUUUUCUUGAAAAUUUUGUUUAGUUCAAAAAUCAAAAAUUUGUCCCUAACUGUUUGUCAGAUUCUUCUUUUAUUUAAAUACUGUAGUAGCUAACAAUGAUCUUGAUCUCUUACUAAAGAUGCAAGAAGGAGCAUUUGGAGAGUCAGGGUUGAUAUUACUCUUGGGUAGACCACUUAUUUUGGUAUAUCAGAUGACCUAAUGACCUAUGGAAAUCAAAACUCACUUUUUCCUUCCCUCCAAGUUUUAAAUGUUACAAUAAUAUAUAUUUUUUACUUACACCCGCUCUGAAUUUUCAUUCUGAAGAAUUUCCAACAAUGUUUUUCAUGACUAAAGAGUAAGGAAGAGUACAGAAUCUUAUUUUCAAGUAGUCUGUCCUUCACUGUGAGACUCUGUUUUUGAAAUUGAUGAUCAAUUAUGCAUUGGAACUGAAAUUCUGCUAAACAUCUAAAAAAUAAUAUUCCCAUGUUUUGCAUGUAUAGGUAUUCAUGUAAAUAUCAGUUUUUGCUCAUUUAUAUUGAGUGACAUUUUUAUAGCUGUCAAAGCUUGAAGGAAUUUUUUUUAAAAGUGAAUUUACCACCUUCUUAUGGUAUAUCCAUAUUAGUGGCCUAUUGUAUGAGAGUUUUGUGUACAGAUGCAUUUUAUGAGAAGCAGUUAUGGAAAGUGUUCAUUCUAGAAGUAAAUUAUACUUUUAAACCCAUAAAAUCAUAGUGUAAAAAAUAUUUAAAUGCAGAUUAUAUUGUCAGUUACUUACUCUCGUGGAGUCUUUUUCUUUCUUUCUUCUUAAUCGUUUUACCCUAGUUGAUAUUCUUUUGAAACCCUUUCCUUUUUACUGUUUUAUUCCGUUGUGAAACCUAUCUAGCCACCCAAUGGUUAAUGCACAUGAGUCACAUUCACUCUCCAAUUAAGUUUCUGCCUUGAAUGUACAUGGGUUAAAGCCAAAUUAUAAUUUAGAAUGUGCCAAAUGCUGUAAAGGUCAUUAAAAAUUGCAUAUUUGCAUUCUUAAGGCUUGACACCCUACUUCAUAGUAGAUAGACAAAAUGGAACAUUAUCAACCUUUAUAGAAUUUAACAGCUCUUGCAAAUACCUUUUCCUGUUCAAACUUCCAAAAUUUCAUUAGGAGUCAUGUGUCCUAUUAAGUGCCUUGAUCCUCCUCAUUCAGGCACUUUAACUAUGCUUGGAAGCACUUUCAUUCAGCAGAAAGAACAAAUGGCAGAGCUUCCGUUUCCUCACAUGUAUGUCAGUGUCUUUGUUACUUCCAACAGAACAUCACAAUGUUUGCUGUCAUGUUUUGAAUCAUGUGUGACUGAUGAGAAUGAUAGUUUUAUUUUUAACUGAAUGUCCAUAAGAAUACUAUACAUUCUUGUUUGAUUGUAAAUAAUAGGAAUAAUACCAUCAAAAUUUUGUUGCAUAUGUAAUUUCAUUACUCAAGGGUUUAUUCUCUUGAGACAAGUAGCAAAUGAUCUAGAAUAAAGUUGAUCAUUCAAUA